CUUCCAGUUUGGCCACUGAAAUGAGCUUACAGUAAUUGCUUGGUCAUAAAAGCAUGGAGCCUCUUAAAACUUCAUUGGUAUCUGAAGAACAAUCAUCUACCGAGAUUGAUGAUCGUCAUUAUUCAUUGCAAGCUGAGCAAGAGGAUAUUCAAAAAAGAACUUUCACAAGCUGGGUGAACUCACAGCUAGAAAAGCAUCCGUCACCUUCUCUUAUCUUGGACUUGUAUUCAGACAUUGGGAAGGGACAUGUGCUUUUGGAUCUGCUGGAGGUCCUUUCUGCACAACAAUUGCCACGUGAAAAGGGAUCGAACACUUUCCAAUGCAGAAGCAACAUUGAAAAUGCCUUAACCUUCCUGAAGAAUAGAUCACUCAAACUUAUAAACAUCCAUGUUGCUGAUAUCAUAGAAGGAAAACCAUCCAUCGUGCUUGGUCUCAUAUGGAUCAUUAUAUUGCAUUUUCAUAUUGAAGAAUUAGCCAAGGCUCUUUCUUGUGGAUACAGUUAUUCAUCUCUGGAUAGUCCAAGCACUGUGGAUUUAUCACCAGCAACAAGCCCAACAGCUAGAACUAAUGUCAAAGCAAAGGAACGAUGGAAGAUGUCAGCAAAGAAGGCUGUCCUGCUAUGGGCUAAGGAACAGUGUGACAAGCAUGGGUCUAUCAAUGUUGCAGAUUUCAAAUCCAGUUGGAGAAAUGGAUUGGCUUUCUUAGCCAUCAUUCAUGCAUUAAGGCCAGGCCUUGUUGAUGUGGAGAAAGCAAAAAAGAGAUCAAAUAAGGAGAAUCUGAGAGAGGCGUUUCAAAUUGCAGAGAAGGAACUUAGUAUACCCCAGCUACUUGAACCUGAAGAUGUUGAUGUCAGCAGUCCAGAUGAAAAAUCCAUCAUGACUUAUGUGGCUCAGUUUCUCCAGUAUUUUAAAAGUUUACCUGUGACUGAAGAUAGAAUGCAGGGAAAAAGAAAAGAGACCUUGAGCUGGCUCAAUGCACAGGAAUGUAAGUUAACAAAGUUGCUGACUGAGCUAGAGAAUGCAUCCUUCUACAAGAAGUUUGAAGCAGUGCUAUCAUUUACAGAAGCAUUUAAUGAAGAAAAAAAGGCCUUCAUUCCCAUUCUGGAAUCUAAAAGAAAAGGGUCAGAGCUGAAUGAAGAUUACUCGGAGAUGAAGGAAGCAUGGGAUAACCUAUUGUAUCAGAUGAAUGAAUGGAAAGCAAAGCUGGACAAUAUGUUACCUCCACCUCUAGAUGCCACUGAAGCAUGGCUCAAAGAAACAGAGCAGCAUCUGGCACACAAUCUACCUGUUUCUCAAGAUCAUUUGAAAGCAACAGCUGCCCUUGAAGAAAAAUUGAGAGCUGUUCAGAAUUUGAUGGAAAGUUUUCAACAACAUUUGGAAACCCUACAGUCCUUUGACAAUAGAGAUAAUGCUGGAAUGCUGCUAGUUCCAGCUCAGAAGCUGGAAGAAAUGAGAAAAAGGUUCAGCAAAAUUCAACUUGAACAUUUCAGCUUUAUUGUGGAAUACUACUGCUCAUCCAGCUCAGCUGUCUUCAACGAACUGACAUCUAAACUGAACAUCUGGCAUAUCAAGUUUGGAACCAAGGAGUCUGUGGAGUUAUUGCUAUUAGAUUGGCAUAAUUUUGUUGAAGAAAAUGGUUUUCUUAGUCAACUAGACACUGCAUUGCAAGCAUGUGAAGCACAGAAGAACAAAAUGAUACAGACUCCUAAUUUGGAAAUUGAUCCUGAAGAAACAAUCAAAUUGUUUAAGAUGACAGAAGUUCAGAUUUCCAAGUGCAGAGAGUACAUUAACAAUGUGAACGAUACCUUAAAAAAAGUUUUAUCAUCUUGGGCCAUCUAUAUGGAGAACAUCCAAUUGCUAAAAUCUUGGCUGGAAGAGACUCGAAAAGACCAUCUUAAGAAGAUAUCCCCAGAAACUUUGGCAGCUUGGAAUUCACGGCAUGGUUCCUUGAACGAAGCUGGAAACUUUUUGAUUGAAUCCAGCAAUGCAGAAGUGGGAUCAGCUGUUUCUGGAGAAUUGAAAAAAUUGAACAGAAAAUGGGCUAAGCUUAUAAAGAAGACAAAGUUUGAAAUGAAAUUGUUGAGGAUGCAAGAGGAAGAAGUGAUGUUAGUAACAGAUAACAAUGGAAAUGUCGAGACUUCUAGGAAAUUCAAUCCAGACAUGUUUAAUAAUCCAGUACAACCCUCAAAGGAGCUUCCUAAAAAGUGCUUUGAAAAGGCAGAGAUUUUUCCUGUUAGCCUUCAGACAGAUCCAUGUACACCAGAUGAGUUCUUCUCAGAAGAUGAGGUCAAGCUAAACUUUGAAAAAGCUCACAAGGAACUCGAAACAAUCCUUCUAAAAGCUAUGCAUCUUCUAGGCCAAAAGACAAUUUCUGAAGAACCACAUUCAAAAUAUGAAGAGGCUUUUAGCAUCUUGGACACUAACAUUCUUAGCAAGUUUUUGAAAGCAGUGGAACAGCUGAAAAGCAUUUUAUCGGCUCAUGAAAAGGCACUGGUGGAGGAAAGGAGCAAAGAUGUUUGUGAUAGAUGGGAGGCUGCUCGCUGUGAAAUCAUGUCCUAUAUUCACCUGAAAUUGAAAAUCGAAAGAGAGAAGUUCAAUAAGACUUUUUCAAAUCUCAAUAAGCAGAUAAAUAAAGAGAAGAAACUGCUCAAUGCAGGGAAAACAAAAGGACUUAUUGAGGAGCAUGAGGCCUUCUUUUCUCAGCAAGGUAGCCUGGGUGAGCUUAACACUUGCUUACAAGCUUUGAAGACAAUGAAUGAUAAAAUAACCAAAGUGGAAAAGGAGUCCAAAAUAAAGCUGCCAAUUGCAGAAUAUGAGCAAAAGAAAAAAGAACUUCAAAAAUGCGCAGCAACUAUUUAUAAUGAGUUGGUAUCUAGGACUGGCGAUGACCAUUCAUCUGAGAAAGAAGAUUUUAAACCUGCUUCAGUCAAUGAAGAGAAGGUAUCAUCUCAGAAUCCUGAAGCUGAAAAGGAUUCAGAAGAUGUUUCUUGUAUAAAUUUGGAACCAGAAAAGGAAUUUCAAAAUGGCAGACAGCAUGCAGAAAAGUUGGAAAGUGAUGGAGACUUGGCCUUAAAAAAAUUAAAAGAAAGCUAUGACAAAGCAAGACAUAAUCUGAAGCUUCACCUGAAGAGCAUCAGAGAGACUAUAACUCUGUCUUUCAUUGAUGAUGUGAGAAACAUUUCUUCCCUUCAGAAGAAAUUGCAAACACUGGAAGCUUUAGAUAGCAAAGGUGAUUCUUCCUGGAAACUGUUGGAUUCUGUGGCUUCACAGUUAGUAAAGUUCUCAAGUGAGAUGGACAAUCCUGUCAUCUCUGAGAAAUCUCUGGAAGAUUUGCACAAAGAAUGGGAUGAGCUCCAGUUUGCUUUAGAUAAAAGGAUGGAAUCUUUAAAGGCUGCUUUGGCCCUUGUUAUGCCAAUAGAAAAUGAGUGGGUCUUACUCUGCAAGUCAGAAGAACAACUUUGUAAAAGAGACAUUCCACGUUGUAUGAUGAGUAAAACUGAUCUUCUGUACAAAAAAGUGAAGAAAAUCCAGGCAUCUAUAGCAAAUUGUAUUGAACAGUGCAACAGCCAAGAGCAAAAAAGCCCUGCAGAAUGGACAACUGACCAAAGAGAUCGGCAGGCCAUUGGUUUAAUGAUCAACAACUAUAAAACACAGUUAGAAGAACUGAGUCAAAAGAUAGAAGUCAUUGAAACAAUUUUACAAGAUCUUGAAAGUUUUCUGGCUUCCCUGAGACGUAUUCAAUGUUCUGUGGAUGCCUCUACACCGCUGAGCUGGUCUCCUCAGUCAAUGCAGGAGGUUUCUCAUAUGGAGAAAGAAGCCAAGUCUCUAGAUGAGAAAUUGAAGCAACUUCAUAUCUAUUUGGUAGAGGCUGAAAGUGGUAAAAAUAUGAGCUGUGAAGAGUUUGUAGCAGCUUUACUUAUAAAGGAAUGCCCCUCUAUUGGUUUUGAAGCAGCAACAGAGUAUACCCAGAAUCAAAAGACUGAAGAAUUUUCCCUGAGGAAUAAUGAACUAUUUAAAAAUCUUCAAGAUAUAUAUGAUUCAAUCAGUGUGAUAGGCUUGCGGGACCCAACAAUUCCUGCUAUUUCGCAAAGGUUGAAGUUGCUCAAUGAACUGUGGAAGAAGCUUGAUCGCUGUGCUCCAGAAAUGAAAGCCUUGAAUGAGAUUAGUCAAUUUUCCCAGUUGCCAAAAGCCCAGGAAAAUGAGGUCAGUCGGCAGUGGACACUUACUCAGGACCUAUGGAAGAAGACUAAACUUGCCAUUACUGAAAAGCGUGAGUACUGUAAAAGCACAAUGGAACUCUUGAAGCAAUAUCAAAGCUGCAAAACCUGUUUGACUAGCAUUAUUCUGAAGCAAGAAAAUGCCCUAUCACAGCAAGCCUCCUACAUGGGAAAAGAAAACCUGCAGAAGAUAAUUGCUAAGGUCAACAUGGCAAAGGAAGAAUUUAACAAUUACUCUGAAGAUGUUGAUAGAUUAAACCAAAUGUGCAAAAAUCUUCAGUCUCAAGUGAACAAAAUGAAGAGUUUUGAGGAACCCCCAUUUGAGAAUGAGGCUAAUGCUAUUGUGGACCGGUGGCUGGAUAUCAAUGAGCGGACUGAAAGCUAUUGUGAAAACCUGGAAAGAGCUUUGGCUUUAUGGGACAAGCUUCUUAACUUAUCCAGUUUGAUUGAUGAGUGGUCAGAUGCAAUGCAGAAGAACUUAGAAGAUGGGAACGUGACUGAGAAGGAAUUGGAAGAGUUGGAGGCCGAUAUCCUGUGCCAAGAAAAAAAGUUAGAGGAAUUUGAUACAAAGGUGGAUGAAAUUCAGUGUCUUCUUAAUGGCAGUGAACCCCCACUUGAACUACAGGUUAUUAAAUCUUCUCUUUUGAACAAAAUGGAGCAAAUAAGAAAGCAUUUACCAAAUAAGUCAGUACCCAUUGAAGUGAAUGGCAGUACAACAGAGCUGAAAGGAGAUCUUGAUCUUGCCAAGACUCAAAUUGGAAUGACAGAAUCGCUUCUGGAAGCUUUAUCUCCCUCUGAUCCCUUGGAGAUUUUUACAAAAUUGGAGGAAAUACAUCAGAAGAUUCUUCAUCAAAAACAACAUGUGAAAUUACUUCAGAAAGCGACAAGCUAUCUGAACCCUGAUGUUAUUGAAUUAAAUAAGCAGCUGAUAAGUAUCACUGACUUAUUUAAUUCAAAAAAACAAAGAUUUCAGGAUCACUUUACAACUCUCUUGAACUACCAGUGUAAGCAUUUUGAUGAUUGGUUCAGCAAUGUCCAGAUCUCUCUGGAAGAGUGUUUUGACUCUUCAGAAACAAAAGAGAUGGCAGAAAAGAAAAUUAAUCAACUAAUGAGUUUCCUAAAUUUUGAAGACAAAGACAGUGAUAUUGUUGAGGUGAAGACUGUUCUGAACCAGGUGAAGAACUAUUUGCCCAAACCAAACAUCCAUCAGUUGAGUAACUGGGUGAGGGACCAAGAAGUGGAAUUGCAAAGAAUAAUUUCCAAAUGUCAGGCACGAAAAAUUGAGCUUCACUUCUUUCUUCAACAGUUUGCUAGGCUUGAAAAGGACUUUAAGAGUCUGGAGAAGUGGCUAAGAAUUCAAGAAGAAAAAUGGCAACAAGUUCAAAAAGAGAAGACAGGACUUGAACAUUUUUAUCAAAUUCUACUCAAACAAAGGGAGUGGUUUGAUUCUUUUGAUCACCAGGCAAAUUAUUUGAAAAAUUCAGGAUUUUUGAAUGAUGAAGCAGUUCUAGAAUCUGCCCAUUUUGUCAGUAAAUACAAGAGGUUGGUUAAUCAUGUACAGAAAACCCUUGGAGUUUCUGAGAUGUAUUGUGUAGAAAGAAAUCAUUUUGAAGAACUUGUCAGGAACAUGUUUUGCUGGGUGGAAAAUCUGAAAAAGCCUAUCCUGGAGAUGAGUGCUGAAGAAUCUGAGAUAUCACUGGAAAAAAGGUUGUUCAAAAUCCAGGAGAUUGCUUUGCUGAAAGAGGAGGGCAAUGCUAAACUGCAGACUAUCAUAGCUGUUGGAGAACAUUUGAAGUGUGACGAUAACAGCAAGAACCUAGCUAUUCAACAGAUAGUUUCUAAUGUCCAAAAGAAGUGGGACUCCACUAUUCAUCUGGUUAUUGGCUGUCUGAGGGACCAGGAACAACUCCAGCAUCAAAUGGAACAUGUGAAGCAGACAGAAGAUGCCAUCAAAGCGCUAUUUUAUGAAGUAGAGAAGCAGGAGCAAGGCUUUAAUGUUGAUAUUCAUCCCAAUUCACAGGAAGUACAAAGUCAGUUAAACAAUUAUUCUGCACUUCUGAAAGAAAUUGAAGGCCUAACGCCUCUCUUAAAUGAACUAACAAAACAACGCAGUUCUUUGGAGACAUGCACUAAUAAAUUGAGUGCAGAAUCAUCGAUGGCUUUACAGCAUCUCUACAAAUGUCUUCUUAGCCGAUUACAGAAUACAACAAACCUCUUGGAAGGCUGUGUAGAGGGGCACCAGCAGUGUGAAGAGUUGACAACCCUUUUGAUAACUUCCCUAGAGGAGCUGUGGGAGCCUGUGGGUGCAGAGCAAAAACAGAUACAGUAUGAUAUUCUUUGUCAAGCUGAAGACAAACUACAGGAAGUUGUUGCUCUAAUGGACUCCAACAGAUUGCAACAAACAUGUACGAAAGAUGAGAUAGAUGCACCCCAACUUAAGCCGAAGCACCUUAAAACAAAAUAUGGACUUGAGCACGAGGCUGAGGACAUCCAUAGUGAUAUACUCGAAUAUAAAAUACUGACCAGAAAGGAGAUGGAUAAUGAAACAACAAACAGAGAGAAACCGGAAAAUUCCUUCAGAGUGAAAAAUCCACUGGACAGAGAAGCUCCAGAAUUCUUUCCAGAAUGGUUGACAAAUAAAGUACAAUUACCAAGCUCCUUAGCAUUUGAAUCUGAGGAGAGAGCAGCUGCAGUUACUGGGGAAUUGAAAGGCAAUUUGAUGGAAGCCCACAAUUUCCAAAGUUCAGCAAGUCAGUGUGCAAAGCAGUGGCAGAAAUCAGAGCAAAUACUGGCGGAUGAUUAUCCCAAUGAAUCUCCGCAACAGCAGCAUGGUUAUCAAAAGAAAUUGCAAGCAACAUGUGCCUGGCCAGAAAUGCCUCAAACCAUUUUGCCAUUAAUGAAUGGAAAAGUAAUAGAGGCUGACCCUACUUCUUUGUCCAUUAUACAUCCAUCUCCGGAAAGCAAGCAGAGUUAUCCUGAAGACCAAGCAAUUGCUGAGUAUGCUGAGACGGAACAAAAGCUCAACAAAAUGAAAAUCUGGACUGCAGAGUUAGAUAUUGUAUUAAUGAAAGAUCAACUGAGAGAAAUAGAGGAUUUGUAUCUGCAGCUAGAAAAGAAGAAAGCUCAAGCUUUGUCAGUGUGGCCAGAACAUUCAACUGUGGUGGAAGGAAGUGAGCCAGACCAGCAGGAUGCCUGCAAUGUUACCUCUUCCAGUUGGGACAGACUCCUGCAAGAAUUAAUAACUGUUAAAGGGGCCAAGCAGAAUCAGUUUAAUUUACUCAAUCGCUACCAUGAAUGUCUUGCUACUGUUCAGUCUUCAAUGAAACAUUUCUUAGCAGAAAAAGAAAACAUAUAUACAAGGGGACCUAUGGAAGACAUAGUUCUUCUAGAGAAUUUGAAUAAAUUGUUGGCUUCUGUACAAAAUGAAAAUAAUCUUUUAAACAAGCUGAAAACUGAGCAAGAAAAUCUAUCUAGACAUCUAUCCAUUCUGGACAGAGAAUUAAUACAAAGCCAGGUGGAUCAAGCUGAGCAGUGGUGGAAACAAAUGGGGGACUGCCUUCAAAAGAAACAGUUCUGUGUUGCAGCAGAAGUGGAUGAGUUUAAGCUUUUCAUGGACAAAGCACAGGAACUCCAAAGAUGUUUGCAACAGCAACAUGAUUUGCAAAUAGGCCUGAGUACUCUUGAUACAGAAGAGCAUUCAUGCCCUAUAUUGAUUCCUUUAGAACUGCGCAUCCUUAAACAAAACAUUUCUUUGUUAAAAAGAAAUGCAGAAGUACAGAUGAAAAGAAUGUGGAGCAGUCCAGGAAAAAUAGCCUUAGAGAACACAGUAAAUGGUCUUCAGAGCCAAGUAGAAGAACUGGAGCAAAUGACUCCUAAAGAGAACGUCCAGAUAUCUGACAGUCAUCCCCAGACAUAUGAAAUAAGAAAAGAGAUAGAAGAUGCCAUUUUGGGGAACAAAAUUUUAAUGCACUAUCUUGAUGAAAGGGCAGCACUUUUUCCAGAUGAUCUUCUCUCACAAAUUAAAUGUUGUAAGGCAGUAAUCAGUGAUGCUAAAGAAAAAGAGCCAACUUUUAUAAGGCUAGCAGAUGAAGCCCAGCAUGUUGCUUCUCACAUGCCAUCAAAGGAGGAUUCUACACUUAGCAUCCUUGCACAUAAGUUUCAAACUGGUUACCAAUUCCUUAUUUUGAAAUCAUCUCAGAAGUUACAGCAGCUGGAAUCUCAGCUUGGAAAAAGAGAAACACUUUUUGCAAAUAUAGAGAAAUUUGAAGAACAACUUCAGAAGAUCAUGACAAUGUCUAGUUUAGAUGUUGAUAAAACAAAUAUAAAGUCUGAGUUUGACCACAUGCAGAAUCUUUUAGAAAAGACUCCCAAGAAGCUUCAGUAUAUGGAAGCCCUUGUAGAUGCAAAUUGCAACAAUUCAUCUGAAGGAUUAAAUGCUUUUGAGCAACUGUUUUUAAAUGAUUGUUGGAGAAGUCUGAGAAAUAGAGCAAACAGGGUCCAUAGGGUAAUUCAAAUUAAGGGUCGUUUAGUACAACACAAAAUGGGUGCCUAUAAAAAAUUCUCAGAAGAGAUAAGGGCCUUGCAGCAGGAUCUUAGCAAUCUUUAUUUUGAUGAGCUGGAACUAAGUCCAGAGGAAUUACUGUCUAAGAAUCAAGAGAUAAAAGAUAAACUGAAUAUGUUCAAAGAGAGAACUUUAGCCAUCCAGUCACGUUUAUCACACCUGGACCAAUACCAAGAGAUUUGGAAAUGGCUGGAUCUGAAAUGGGAUACAUCACUACUUGAUGAACUGAAAGAUCAGUUCUGCAAAGCAAAGGAUAACCUUGAGAAGAAAAGUAAAUGCCUGAAGAAUUUAUUUGCAGAAUAUGAAAGGCAUCAGAUAGUCCUAAGUGAGAUUGAGGCUAUAAUAUCUACUAUUCAGAAAGAGUGUGGUGAUUUAAAAGCUCUUACCAGUUCAACUUCUGAAGCCAAUCUGAUAUCAGGAAAAAAAUUGAUGUGGAGAGUUGAGCAUGCCAAAUAUAUAACUCAGGAAGCAUUCAAGCUAUUCAAGAAAAAUAAGACAUUUAGUACCUCUCUCAAAAAGGCCAACGUGCAGCAAAUAAAGACCUUAGAUACAAAAAUAGAUGGGCUGGAACAAAUGAUCCAUUCUAUGAUAGUAGCUAAUCAAGAAAUAAGCAAGUACAAACAAGGUUUCCAGAGUAAGCUGGGCCACAGCUUGAAGACUUUAAAGCAGAUUCAGUCUGAGCUCCAGCAGCCUGUCCUACUUGACUUGAAAAUUCAAAUGAUUCCCUAUGAAAUGAUGUAUUGCAAAGUGCUUAAAGGUGCUAUAGAGGCAGAAAUUCAUGCUGCUGAAGAUAUAAUAACUAAAGAGAAAUCAUCUACAAAACAAGCAUGUCUCCAUUCUGAGAGUUUAGAUAAAGAAAUAGAGGAAUUCCAAAAUCUGAAAAUACAACUGAAAGCAGACUUUGCUAAACAUACAGGAGCUUUAGAUGAAGCUUUUAAAAUGGUGAAGCUUUACAACAAAGCUGUCGAAAAAACUGCAGAUCUCCUCAGUCAGUGUGAAGCCUUUCUUUCUGUUCCACUACUUGAUUUACAUAAACUAGAAGAAUCUCAUCUUGACUUUGCCAAGAAGCAAGAAGAAUCUGAGACUGCAAAGGCUGAAAUGGAAGCAUUAACUUGUACUUUGAAAAAGUCAAUUAAAUCAAAAGCCAAACUGCAGGUGGAGAAAAUACUUGAUGAUCUAACUACUAAGAAUUUGGCAAUAAGAGAGCAGAGCCAAAAGAGAAAUUCUUACAUACAGAGGUAUAUGGAAAAAUAUCACAGUUUCAAAAACUCCAAAGAGAGGAUAUGUAUUGAGCUUAACAAUGCAGAAAAAGUGCUUUGGAAGUGUUUAUACUACAUUCCAGUAUCCUACAAAGAAGCUUUAGAGCAUUCACAACAAAGCAAGAUGCUGUUGUCCCAAUUACUUUCAAUCAAAGAGGAGUUAAUGAAGUUGAGGCGAGACUCACAGUCGCUAAGCUUGAUCUGCAAAGAAAACGACGGAGUGCUGAUUGUACCCUUUGUAUCAAUGUUGUGGCUGAAAUGGCUCUGUUUAUUCAGUGUUGCAAAAGAAUGGGAGGGCAAAUGUGAAGAACAGAACCAAGAAUGGAAAUCUGUCAGUGAAGAAUUGGAACGAGAAACAAUUAUUCUAGACAAUCUUCAAGAAGAGCUGCCUGAGAGCCUCCAAGACAAAAAACAAGAAGCAACCAAAGAACUGGAAGAAUUUCUGGAAUCCGCAAGCAGUUAUAUACAAAGUGUGGAUACUGAGAAAUUGUUGCUACGCUUAUUACUUUGCCGAUUAAGGAACAUUCUGAGUGUCUCUGGGAGUGUCCCUGGAAAGGAAAGUCUUCCUAUUCUCUGUGAAAUUCAAAACAUGCAGCAGCGAACAGAAGAGCUCUGUCAAAAGGCUCAAAAAGAAAAAGAGGCCGCGCAGUCUGAGAUGGUGUACCGGACCAAGUGCAGUGAAGACCUGAAAGCUAUGAAGGCUUCAUUACAGCACAUCAUAUCCCAGCUCUGUGACAUAGAUUUGGAAACCCCUAAUGAAAAGGCAUUGAAACUUGAGGAAAUUCAGAGAGUAGUUGAUAGUAAGAAGCAAAUCAUGGACAACCUACAAAUCAAGUUCAAUGAAUUAUAUAGAAUAAUCCCAGUUGAUAUUGAAGAACAUUUGGAAGACUGCAAGGGAAUGUUACAUGACCUGGAAGAAAAGGUCAGCACAGAAUUCCUGAAAAAUUCCCCUCACUACAGUACAGAGAAAAAAAUAGAAGACAUUAACAAAGGUUUGCAAGCUGUUGAAAAUAUGUUACAACAAAAAAGCGAGAACAUUGCAAAAGCAACAGAAGUUCAGAAGAGAGCCUGGGAUUUGCUAGACCUUUGGCAUUAUAAAAUGAAUGAACUGGAUUCAGAGGUUCAAGAUAUAGUGGAGCAAGAUCCCCACCAGGCUCAAGAAUUGAUGGAUCACUUGAUGAUACCUCUGCAACAAUACCAGCAAGUUUCACAGCAUGCUGAGCGUAGAACUACAAACUUGAACAGGGCUGCUAGCAAGUUGGAAGAAUGUGAUGAGCUCCUGAAAAGUAUUCAGGUUUGGCUUGAAAACACCAACCGUCUACUAACAGAGGAAGUGAAAAGUGACACUGCAGAAGCUUUGAAUAAACAUGCCAGUGCGCUUGAGAUGGCAUUAGAAGAUUCAGAACAAAAGCAAAGUAUUCUUAGUGCCAUUUCCCCAGAACUGAAAGAAUUGUCCCCUUUAAUUGAAACUGUCAAUACGGUGCAAGAAUUGACAGAAGUAAAUGAGCAAGUUAAAAUCUUACAGCAAAAGAUAAUGGAAACUCUUCCAUGUAUCCAGCACUUGGCUGAUGAUGUUGAAGCUAUUGAAUCUGAAGUAAAAACAAUGGAGAAGGAUAUAGAAAAAAUAAAGACUAUAUUGUCCCCAUCUGAAGACACAUUUGAUUUUUCUCCUAAGGAGCAUCUUAAACAUUGUAAGGUUAUAUUGGCCCACAUCUGUCCCAUGAAGAAGGCUCUGACUGAAAUGCAAUCCUAUAAAGCAAAAUUGAGAUUGACUGGCAUGAGAAUGCAACCUCUUUCAGUAUUCCAAAGAACUAAACAGCUUUUGAAAGAGCUGAAGGUUCUAGAAAGACUCACAGAGAAACAGAAUACACUACUUGAGCCAAUUGUAAAAGAGAUGGAAGAAAUUGAACAACAAAUUGACUUCCUAAAGCAGAGCCAAUUCCCAAAGAGUAAUUUAGAUGAAUUGUCCAUGGAAAAUAUGUGGCCUGUUCAAGACACCUUCUUCCUCAAGGAUGAGGAGGUGGAAAGAGUAAAGCAACAGAUUGCCCUAUUAUGCCAACAGAAAGAGAAUAUUCUAACAACUAUGAAGAAUGCCUUGGUGGAACUUCAUCAGAAUCAAGAACCACCCGAAGCUGAGGACAGUGACUUAGAAUCACUAGAGGAAAAUGGAAGUGCUGCUGAGUUGCAGCCCAAAAAGCGAGGAUCCCUGGCUCUUUUACCUUCCUUGGUUGAAGAAGCAGAAGACAAUUCCUUCCACAGUGAAGAGGUGGAUACUGAUAUCACAAAGGCCAUGUCCAGUGAAGCUCCUCUUCACAUUCCAACCAAGGGCAGAUCUUCCACCCACCUCACCAACCCUCCCGAGUGUUUAUGGAGAUCACUGAGCAAGACAAAGGCAACCGAGGACACAGUUAGGUCUGAUUCCGAGCCAGCUCAGGUCCUCCAUGUGUGCCAGGCUCAGAUUGUUGAGCUGGAGCUGUGGCUCGAUCAAGUGGAAGAGUCUCUAGGAUCAGAAGCCCAGAUCUGUCAAAUGCAGCAGUCGGUGGAGCAGCAUCUAGCUGCAUGCCAGCCUCAGGUGAUGUUAACAGAAAUUGAACAGAAAGUCAUGUGGUUACUGGAGGAGUGCAAAGGCACGUCCACUGGCAAUAGCUCAGGCCUCGAACAAGAAACAGAGAACCUUUCCUUGAACCUUAAAAACGUGAAGUGCAAGUUGGAAAAGGUCCAGCGCAUGCUCCAAGACAAAUACACAGAAGAACAGAUGAGCACUACUGAAAAGAGCUCUGUCAACUUCCCACAGCCACUUCAUUUGGAUUCCUCUAAUUCGUUUCCAAAUGUGACCUCAGAGAGAUCUCCAAAUGGUUUUCAGCAUCAACAGGAACUGCUGCUAAAGCUGUCUGAGCAAAACAAUCUCAUUGACUUCCUAGAAGUGUACAUGGAGAAAAUCCAGCCUCACCCUAGGUCCAAUACAGUUCUGGAACUACAAACAAGGAAUGAGACAGUCAGCUCAGGAAAUGAGCCUCUUGGAUUGACUCCAAAGGACCAAACGGGUGAUAAGUGGCAAUACUUACAAGAAGAACUGCUACUCAAGAAGAAUGCUCCUCACUGUCAAUUGGAAGAACUUCAGAUAUCUACCAAAAUAAACAUUCUGCCCCUGGGUGCUACAUCAAGUGUGAGAACUCCAACUAUUGAGGAGCUAAAAACAUACACAGCGCAGCUUGACAACCUAAGCCAGGAAGCUUCUACUCAAAUACAGGAAAACGAAACAGGAGAAAAUGCAUUCAGUCUGGAUGGGAAACUCUUUGAGUUGUUUCUGGCAAUCAGCCGCUGCCUGAACAAUAUGGAGCAGAUGUUGGGCACCUGUGUACUCUCCAGUGAAGAAGCUCCUGUACAGCAAGUGCUUUAUGAGACUCUCUCUGCAGAACUACAGAAGCUUUACACAGAUAUUGGUGAUAAAAAGGACGAUCUUCUGAAGUCCAUCACCUCUGCGGGUGGAAAUUCUGAGAGAUUCUCCCAGUGUUUUAGUAACUUACAAGCAUGGCUCCAAUUGACCCAAACAGCUGCUGCUUCUAGAAGCGAGUCUAUGAAAACUGAAAUGGACCAUUACAUCAAUUAUCAGAAUGAAAUCAGGCACUUGUAUGAUGCAUUGAUUGAGAAAAAAUCCUCAUUGCAGCAGUUUUUCAGUGAAAUGAGUGGGCACAAUAUUUCUAAGCAAUUUCAGCAGGCAGAUGUCUUUGAAUUGGAACUGCAGAAUUUUGAGACACAGGCAGCUAAACUAAGAGAUCAUGGAGAAAGAGUUCAUUUGCCAGUUGCCAUAACCCAUGAUGUGUACAAACUAGAGGAGCUGUUGGAUGACCUCUGGGCAUUCCUAAGGGUCAAAUGGAAGGAGCUAAGUUCUUCAUUCAUUAAUGAACAGCAGUAUGAAUCUUUGUUACAAGGAUCUGUAGAGCUCAUAGAUCUUGGGAAAAAGAAACUUGCUCAUGUUUCAAAGCUGAAAAUUACCAGUCGAUCUGAUUUAGAUUUACACUUACAAAAUCAUAAGAGCUUUUUCUGUAAACUGAAUGGCCAUAUGCUUCUUGUACAAAAAGUGGCAGAUUCAAUAUUACAAAACAGGGAGAAAUACUGGAAGGAUAUGGUACAGGAGAUCAAAUCUUUGGAAGAACAAGCUAUUCAACAUGGAACCCAUUUGGAAAAACUUUUACAGGACUGGAUAGUAUUUGAUGAGAGCUACAUUUCAUUGUGCCAGAAGCUGGAGGCACUUUUACCCACAGUGCCUUUUGUGGCUUUAGUGGAAGAGACAGAAGAAAGAGCAAUGGAAAGGAUUCAGUUCCUCCAGGAAAUCAAAAAGGACAUUGAAGGGGAACAGGCUAGAUAUUAUCAAAUAGUGAAAGAAGGGAAGAAUUUGACAGGACUUCUGAGCUGCCCUGAAUUGCAAUCCAAGAUUGAGAAGCUAGAACAUCAGUGGGUAUCUUUUUCCCAAAGAGUUGAUCAUGAACUACAAAGACUUGAGACAUUGCACAAACUCUUGUCCAGUUACAACAAAGACUCAAAGGAGCUCAAUGUCUGGUUGGAAUCUGCUGAGCAAAAUGUGAACUAUUGGAAGGAGCAGUCUCUCAAUGCAUCUCAGGACCAGAACAUUGUCAGGAACCAUAUUCAGAGUUUGCUUGAAUUCUUUAAAGAAGUCGAUGAUAAAUCUUCCUUGAAAUCUUCGGUCAUAAGUAGUGGAAAUCAACUGUUGCUUAUUAAGGAAUCUGAUGAUGCAAAGUUGCGCUCAGCUUUGGCAGACUAUGAGCAGAGAUGGAGUGACCUUGUUGUUCAAUUACCAACCAUCCAAGAGAAGUUUCACCAGCUCCAGAUGGCAAAAUUGCCAUCUUAUGAAGCCAUCACAGAACUGAAUGCCUGGAUGAAUUGCAUUGAUCAGCAAAGAAGAGAUGAGGUUGUAAUUAAUUUGCAAAGUUCUGCUAGCUUGAAAGGCCUUCUUAGGAGAUACAAGGAAUAUGUGAUGGAAAUGAACUUUAAACAAUGGAUAGUUGAUUAUGUGAACCAGUCACUACUACAGUUGACACCUUGUGAUGUUGAAAGCAAGCGUUAUGAGAGGACUUCAUUUGCAGAAUGUCUCGGAGAAUUGAAUAUGAAUUGGCAUCAUUUGCAAGGGACUUUGAAUGAAAAGAUUAAGGAGUUGGAGCACAUUUUGGAAUCUGUUGUUAAAAAUGAAAACAAAGCACAAUCCUUGGGCAGCUGGCUAGAAGCACAAAGCAGAAGGCUAGAACAUUUGAAGAACCCAGCAAGUUCUGUUCUUGCACAGGGCACAUUAAAAGACUGCAAGGUGUUAGAAUAUCAGCUUCCUAUGAAGUCUAAGGAAGUGGAUCAACUGAAAAACAAUCCCACAGUUUUAGAGGAUUGUGCUGAUUCUGCCAAGAAAAUAGCAUUCACAACCACCGAUUUGGAUGGAAUGAGAAUUAGCAUUAUCAAUCAGGUUGCACAGCUGAAGUCUUCUACAGAGUCUGCUUUAGAGUGCUGGAAGAGUUAUGAUGAAGCUUGGGAUGAAAUCAGGCUGAUGCUUGCAAAUGCUGUGUAUUGCCUGGAGCAUAGCAAGAAUCCUUUCAUUACAGUGAUGUCACUGAAAAAGCAAGUGGAAGAUCUCCAGUCUCUUCAAGAUAAAGCUGAGGGAAACAAAGAAAUCUGGGCUAGGCUCCAGACUGCUGCUGAUAACCUGAAGAAAGUGUGUGAUCCCUCAUUCUCGGAGAUUAUUGAACAAAAACACAAAGAGGCAUGCACAAGGUGGUUAUUGAUAAACAAAAAUAUUGAAGAGAAACUACAAAAGGCUCACACACAUUUGCAUUUGUGGGAAUUCUAUACAGAGGUUUCAGCAAAACUAGACAAAUAUGAAGAGCAGUGUGAUUCCCAGUUGAUGUCUGAUACACUUUCAAGCCGCACAACGGAUUUUCUUAAGGAGAUGGCGGAGAAUAUAAAAAGACUGCAACUUGGCCUUCAAGACAUCAAAGAAUAUUAUCUUCAGGCUUCUGAAUCAAGCGAUAGUUUAACUCAGUUGGCUGAACCGGAGACACAGAACCUUCUUCAGGAGAAACCCCAGCCACUUCAAAGGAUCUCCUAUCUGGAAAAGAUGCUACAGAUGAAAGCAGAUGUUUAUCAAUAUGGUCUUUUACAACUGGAGAAUUUUGGGAAUUCCUUGGAAAAACUGGAAAACCAUGUUAAAAAUUCCACAGAAAUACUGCACAAUUCAUGUGAAAGCAAUAAAAAUUUGGACUUACUCAUGAGCCAAUUAUUGAGUCUCACAUCUUUAUCUCCUGAAAUGGAGAGACUGAAUGAAGUCAGCUUUAGAUUGCCACUCUGUGACUUCACUGUAAAGAGAUUACAAAACCUUAAUCGGCAGUGGACUCAGAAAACUGCUUCUGUUCUGGAGCAAUGCAGUGAACUGCAGAAGCAUCAAUCAGAUGACAAGAAGUUUCUUCAGCAAUGUCAGAAUUGGGUGCAGUUUCUAGAGAAAAUGAAAGAGAGCCUGAAAGAGAACAUGCCGGGUACACUUGAGAAACUGCAAGAACAUCAGAAAGAAUAUGAGAUAUUACAAGCAGAGAUUUCCAUUAAUCAGCAAAUUUUCAGUUGUCUUGUGUCAAAAGCUUUGCAUAUGUUGGAAUCAGGAGAAACAGAAAACAGAACUGAGUUUAUCUCCAGGGUAACUCUGCUGAAGGAGCAGUGGCAGAGUGUAGUGCGGAUGGCUCAUCGGAAGAAGAGUGACAUUGACAGCCUUGUAAAGCAGUGGCAAAAAUUCACAACCUUACUGCAGGAUCUCACAAAAUUCCUCAUGGACACAAACAGAUACAUAGCUGCCGUGAAGAGCCAGGACAAGUAUCGCUUGGAUCAAAUUAGGAACCUGAAUCACACAUUCAAGAAUAAGGAAAUACUUCAAAAGAGGUGGCAAACCAGAUAUUCUUUAACCUUGGAUACUGGGGAAAAGUUACUUGGCAUGGUAGCCCCUGAAGCAAAAGCUGCCAUGCAGCUGGAGAUGAACAAGUUGCGAGAUAAUUGGGACAACACACAACUUCAGCUGGAGAAGAUUACCAGGCAAUUUCAGGGCACUAUACAGACCUGGAAGAACUGUGAAAGGCAAGUGAAGGAUCUGAGCCAUGCUUUACUAGAACUCAAAGGAAGCAUAAGCAAACCUCUUCCUAUAGAACAUGAUGCAUUGCCAGCAACCAUGGAACAAGUAAAGGUACUGGAGAAAUCACUCACCAACUGGAGCCAAAAUGCAAAAGAACUUGAUGCCCAAAAGGUGGAACUGACUCAGUUUAUCCUCACAGAAGAUAUGAUGGUACUGACAGAACAAAUUGACCGUUUGCACAGCCAGUGGGAAGAGCUCUGCCGCAGAGUUUCUCUGCACAAGCAAGAUAUCGAGGACCGACUCAAUACCUGGAUUGUGUUCAACGAAAAAAAUAAGGAGCUGUGUACUUGGCUGGUGCAGAUGGAAGAAAAAGUCCCUCAAUCAGCAGAUAUCAGUAUUGAAGACAUGAUAGAGAAGCUGCAGAAGGAUUACAUGGAGGAAAUCAAUCUGUUUAAUGAAAGUCAACUAGUUCAUUUCAAGGAAAUGGGCAAUCAGCUGAUCAAGUCUAGCAACCAAAGUAGAGGGGCUGAAAUUGAAGAGAAACUCAACAAAAUUAAUGACCGCUGGCAGCAUCUCUUUGAUAUUAUUGGAGGAAGAGUGAAGAAGUUGAAAGAUACCUUUGCUUUCAUACAACAGCUGGACAGAAACAUGAGUCAUCUUCACACGUGGCUGGCACGCAUUGAAUCUGAGCUUUCUAAACCUAUUGUUUAUGACAUCUGUGAUGAUCAAGAAAUACAGAGGAGACUUGCAGAGCAGCAGGACCUGCAACGGGAUAUUGAACAGCACACAGCAGGUGUGGAAUCAGUCUUCAAUAUAUGUGAGAUCUUGCUGCAUGAUUCUGAUGCUUGUGCCAAUGAGACCGAAUGUGAUUCAAUCCAGCAGACAACAAGGAGCUUAGAAAGGCGGUGGAGAAACAUCUGUGCCAUGUCUAUAGAGAGGCGUAUGAAGAUUGAGGCAACUUGGCGACUAUGGCAAAAGUUUUUGGAAGAUUACUCUCGUUUUGAAGUUUGGUUGAAAACAGCAGAGAAAACUGCAGCCUAUCCCAACUCUUCAGAGAUUUUAUAUGUAACUGCCAAGGAAGAGUUGAAGAAAUUUGAAGCAUUUCAGCGGCAAAUUCAUGAGCGACUAACCCAGCUAGAAUUAAUCAAUAAGCAAUAUCGGCGGUUGGCUCGUGAGAAUCGCACUGAUUCAGCUAACAAGCUCAAGCAGAUGGUUUAUGAGGGUAAUCACCGAUGGGACAAUCUUCAGAAACGUGUCACAGCAAUUCUCAGGAGACUUAAGCACUUUACCAAUCAAUGGGAAGAAUUUAUGGGAACAAAGGACAACAUCAUCCUGGUGUGGUUAACGGAAAUGGAUCUGCAGCUGACAAAUGUGGAACAUUUCUCAAAGAGUGAUUUUGAUGAUAAAAUGCGGCAGCUUAAUGGUUUCCAGAGAGAAAUAAUGCUAAAUACCAGUAAGAUUGAUCAUCUGAUUGCUUCUGGGAAAUAUCUGAUUCAAAAAAGUGAACCAGAGGAUGCCAUUAUACUCGAAGAGGAACUAGAAGAAUUUUGUAGUUACUGCCAGGAAGUGUUUGGCCGAGUAGCCCGAUUCCACCAAAGACUGACAUCCUGGCACCCAGGACUGGAAGACGAAAAAGGGACUUCAGAAAAUGAAGCUGAUUCAGACUAUACAAGCGGGAUGCAAACUGAUCCUUGGCCAAAGAAGAUAGUCCAGGAGGGGCCACCCUCGCAGCAGUCUCUCUGUCACAUCCUGCCCACCACAGGGGGUCCCGAGAGGUCUGGCUGCGAGACCCCUGUCAGCGUUGAUUCCAUUCCACUGGAGUGGGACCACACCGGAGAUGUGGGAGGCUCUUCCUCCCCUGAGGAUGAGGAAGAGGAUUCAUUCUUCAGCGCACUGUCAGAUGUAGAAAUCAGUGAACAUCCUGAGGCAUAUCUUAAAAUGACCACAAAAGCUUUGAAAGCAGCUUCUGGGAAAUCUGCUGAAACUCACAUAUGGCAUCCUUCAGAACACCCAGUUUGCCGAAAGCAUUCAUACAACCAGGAAGAGAUGGUUAGAAGUAUCUUACCAAACAACGAAGAAUCCAGCAUAUCCUACAAACCAGGCAAUGUGAGCCCUAGGAAUAUAGAUGACAUAAAAAACAUUUCCAGGAUCUUGCCUAGUAAAGAUUCUCAAGACAACCAGAAUUCCAUUGGUGUUUCAGCCAUAGAGAAACAACCAGGGGCUAUUGAAAGAUGGGAACUCAUUCAAGUUCAAGACCUAAGCAACAAGCUGAGAAUGAAGCAAACAUGGCAGCAGUGGCAACAGCUGAAUGCUGACCUUACCAACAUUGAUAUUUGGCUGGAUAAGAUGGAAGAGGAAAUGGAGAGGUUGCAGGAGGCAGAACCACAACCAGUCAACAGUAUGCAGGCCAUAGAGCAGAGAGUCAAGAAACUGAAGGAUAUGUUUAAAGCCUAUAAUAACUACAAGGCCCUUAUACUGUCCGUUAAUCUGACCAGCAAAGAUUUCAAGCAAACAGAUAGCACUGGAUGCAAGGAGCUUCAGAAUAGACUUCGACGGGUAAAUUUACGAUGGGAGAAGGCAAAUAUUUUACUGGAAAACUGGAAAAAGAAUUUACAAAAAGCUCUCAUUCAUUGCCAGGAUUUUCAUGAACACAAUCAGAAACUGCUGCUAUGGCUGGCUGCUGCAGAGACACGGAGGCACCAAGCACAAGUUAAGGAUCCAAAUGCUGAUCCUCAUAGAAUACAGGAAAGUCGAAAGGAAUUAAUGCAACUGGAAAAAGAGCUUCUGGAACGGCAACUUCAAGUAAAUACUCUCCAGGAAAUUGCUGCAUAUUUGCUUGUAAAACUUGAUGGAGAAGAAUAUAUUGAAGCUAAUGAGAAGGUCCAUGUUAUUGGGAAGAAGCUUAAACAGCUUCUUGAAGGAGUUUCAUGUGACUUAAAGGCCUCACAAGGAAGACAGGACAUAAGUACAUUUCAGGUGAAUGGGGAAGAAUUGGAUUCUGGAACCUGUCAUCAAUUAUCAGAGAAAUCUCCUGUUUCUAAAAAUAAGGUUGAUGAAAAGAAGAUCCUGCAGAGUAAUAGCAGCAGCAGUGUCAGGAUGGAGGAGAAGGAAGAGACCAAUUCAUUUGCGCCCAAGAAGAAUCCUUUCUUCUAUCGUGUCCUACGAGCAGCAUUACCUUUACAGUUGUUCCUCCUUCUCUUGUUGUUUUUGGCCUCCUUGAUCCCUGUCUCGGAAGAAGACUACAGCUGUACUCAAACCAACAACUUUGCUCGUUCUUUUUACCCAAUGCUACGAUAUAUUAAUGGACCUCCACCAACUUAAAAACACUCAUUUUUUUCCCAGUCAGUCAAAAUUAAUACCUUCCAUGGAGUCUUCUUUUUAUGCUGCUAAAGUUUGUCCAGAAUUUCAGCCCUGACUUCAACCAGGGCUUAACAAGCACUGAUGAGUGACAUUGACAAUAUUAUGUAGAGAUCUCUGUUGCACUCAACAAGAACCAAACUACCAGUAGGAGGCUUCAGCUCUUCUUCUGAGAACAUGCUAUUACUUCUCAUCACCAAGAUAAAGAUCUUUUAGCAAUUUCAGUACUUUGAUUGGGUGGGUAAGAGUUGUUAAAUACUUAGAGCUUUGUACAGGAAAGCUGUUUCUUUAUAUUUUUGAACUAUAAGCAAUGUACUUUAUACUUUUUGCACAGUGUGUGAUCAAUCAGUGAUCUUCAUGCCAGAAAGAACCAGUGAACACAGAAUUUACAAGACUGUGUCUUGUUAGCAAGAAAAUAAUUUCUCUAAUCAAAGAUAAAUGCAUAAUUCUUUAGAAGGAUCUACUGCAUAAGUCCCAUUUUAAUAGGUAGGAGCUAGAGUUGCACAAAGCAUGGCUGCACUAUUCUGUCUUUUCCCUUUGUUUUGGUGAGUCUUGCAGAGAACUUCCUGGUGGAUUGAACCCAUCAUUUUUAAUGUAAAAAAGAGAACUCCUUUUUCACAGUGGUACUGUGCAUGCAGGGAGAUCUCUUUCUGUAUUUUGCUAUUUUAGUGGAAAGAUAACUUCAAUUUUUAAAAUAUUUCUUACACUUUAGAAUUUUAGGAAUCUUACCUAUUCAGUUCAUGAAUAUGUAUGUUUCCCAGACAGAUUUUUAUAGUACUUAGAAUGUCUACUUUGUCUGAUGUCUCCUUUUGUACGGUUUUUAUAAAAAAAAAAUGAAAGUGCUACAUGUAGGUAGCCUUUAUUGUUUAUAGAGGGUUUUUUUAAAGAAAAAAUAAUUAGUGUUGAUUAUCUCACACACAAACAAAUGGAUUUUGUAGACAUGUGGCUUUUUAAUCAAACCCAUUUAUGUCAAAUUUUCUUUGAAUAACUUACAGCAAGUCAGAAAUGAUUUAUGCAAGGGCAAAAUCAUUCCUGUGGCCCAUACAGCAGUAUAUAUGUGCCCAGAGAAUAUGGGGCCUCUAUCUUCUUUCUCUCUUGAUUCUAAGAAUUAGCAUAUGACAUUCCUGGACAAUUCUGAUAAUGAAUUACAGGAAAUUGCAGAUCCAAAUCAGUGGGAGUCUAGUAGCACUUUUUCUGACUUACAAAAUAAGCUCAUGGAAGCUUAUUUAUGUUAGCGGCAAAAGGUGUGAGCAAGCUUCUGAUUUUUUAACUACCACAGAUUAACCCAGCUCUCCUUCUCUAAUGUUUCCAAUGGGGAAAUUACAGGGAAUAAACAUAAAUAAAAAUAAAAUACAUGCUGGCUCUUGAAUGGGAGAGAAGGAGGGAGGACUAAAUGGAGAGAGGCUUGUCCUAUGGAGACCUACGAUGUGCCUUCCAUAUACAGACAACUCCUAUUAGCUUUAGCUGAUAACACAACAUCUCUUCUUGUCAAAGGCUCUUUAACAAUGACUAGCAAAGGAGUUUUUGAAUUGAGGCAUCAAGAGAGGGACAUUGUUUUCUUGUCACUGCAUAAGGGCUUCCUGCAAUCUUUUUUUGAAAAUAGAAUGCUGGGUUAGAUGCCUUCCUAACUUUCAAGCAGGAUGCUGCCUCAUCAUUAAGAGUUAUCACAUUUAAAAUGAAGUGGAAUUCAUCUGACAGCAAAAAAAAAAGAUUUUAUUUAAAUCCAAAUUACACUGCUUCUGUGUACAAUUCAAUCAUGUUUUCCUCAUUAAAAUAUUGUUAAUGUUUGCAAUAA